AUGGACGACUACGACGAGUUUGGAAACUACAUAGGUCCGCUUUCUGACUCUGAGCUCGGCUCAGAAGAUGAGUACGCGCAGCAACCUGAAGAAGACGCGCCACCACCGCUAGAGCAACCCGCACCACUCGAAGGUUACGACGAUGGCGAGGACGAAGAGCGUCUCGCAAAUAUGGAGCUCGACGAUGAGGGCAAUAUAAUUCCACAGCGUGCCUUGAUACGCGUCGACGAAUCUGUGUCCAACGCCGUUGUGCUGCAUGAGGACAAACAGUACUACCCAUCUGCCUCCGAAGUCUAUGGCGAAGAUGUCGAGACCAUGGUGCAGGAGGAAGACGCACAACCCCUUUCCGUGCCCAUCGUCGAACCGGUCAAGAUCCGUCGCUUCGCCGUACAAGAGCACGGCCUGCCAGAAACACGAUUUGACAGAAGUUUUCUAUCCAGCCUCAUGGGUUUCCCAGAUAUGGUAAGGAACGUAGCAGUGGUGGGGCACUUGCAUCACGGCAAGACAAGCUUGUUAGAUACACUGGUCUACGAAACGCACAAGCACGAGGUGGACAUGGACACGCAUAUGCGCUACACCGACGCGCACCUCUUGGAAAGAGACCGAGGUAUCUCGGUCAAGUCCGCACCGCUCUCGCUCGUCUUGGAAGGCACAAAGCGCAAGUCGUACCUUCUCAACCUCAUCGACACGCCAGGACACACCAACUUCCAGGACGAGGUCGCCGCAGCAUGUCGUCUGGCCGACGGAGUCGUGCUCGUCGUCGACGUCGUCGAAGGCGUCAUGUGCAACACAGUCCACAUCGUCCGUCACUGCAUGCGUCAGCAGCUCCCCAUCGUGCUGGUGCUCAACAAGCUAGACCGUCUCGUGCUCGAGCUGCGCCUGCCACCUAACGAAGCAUACUACAAGAUCCGACACGCGAUUCAAGAGGUCAACAAUUGCAUUGCGUCCUUUGACGCCAACCCGGCACUGCAGCUCGGCCCUGAACGCGGCAAUGUGGCUUUCGCGUCCACGCAGAUGGGCUACUGUUUUACCCUUCGCAGCUUUGCCAAGCUGUACGCAGAGACGUAUGGUGCCGGUAUUGACGUUGAUGCCUUUGCUCAGCGUCUGUGGGGCAACAUCUACUACAACCCCGAGUCGCGCAAUUUCUCCCGAAAAGCACCAGACGCAGAGAGCAAGAGGUCGUUCGUGCAUUUCAUCCUCGAACCGCUGUACAAGAUCUACUCGGCCGUCCUGUCUUCCGACACCGACUCGCUCAAGAGGACGCUGGCGAGUUUGGGCAUACAUCUCAAGCCGGCCGUAUACAAGGUGGAUGUGCGCCCCCUGCUCAGGAUCGUCUUGAACCAGUUCUUUGGGCCGUCGCAAGGGUUAGUCGAUCUGGUGGUGGACAACGUGCCUUCGCCGAAGGAGGCUGCAGCGCAGCGGUUGCGGAGAUGUUACACAGGUCCGCAGGAGGGGGUGAUUCACGAGGGCAUGGUGGCGUGCGAUGCGGAGGCGCCGCUCGUGGUCCAGGUGACCAAGCUGUACCAGACGAUCGACGCGCAAGAGUUCCGCGCGUUUGGUCGUGUCAUGUCUGGCACUGCGCGUCCAGGGAUGCGCGUCAAAGUGCUCGGUGAAGGCUUUUCGCAAGACGACGAGGAAGACAUGGCGCUAGCCACUAUUGAAGAUGUCGGCAUCAACGAGACGCGCUACGUCGUCCCCACCGAGGGCGUACCAGCGGGGAACUGGGUGCUGCUCUCAGGUAUCGAUGCGUCCCUCUCCAAAACAGGCACCAUCGUCGAUGCCAACCUCCCCACCGAGGACUUGCACAUCUUCGCCCCGCUCGAACACAUGACACAGUCGGUGCUCAAAGUGUCGGUCGAACCACUUAACCCUUCCGAGCUGCCUAAGAUGCUCGAAGGUCUGCGCCGCAUCAACAAAAGCUACCCACUGGCCGUGACCAAGGUGGAAGAGUCGGGCGAGCACGUCAUCAUGGGCACGGGCGAGUUGUACCUCGACUGCGUGCUGCACGACCUGCGUGUUCUGUUCUCCGAGAUCGAGAUCCGCGUGAGCGAUCCCGUGGUGCGCUUCUGCGAGACGGUGGUGGAAACGUCGGCGGUUAAGUGUUACGCAUCGACGCCGAACAAGAAGAACAAGUUGACGAUCAUUUGCGAGCCGCUGGAGAAGGGGGUCGCGGAGGACAUCGAGGCUGGGGUGUUGGAUAUUAAGAUGCCACCCAAGCAAUUGGGCAAACUGUUGCAGGAAAAGUACGGGUGGGAUCUGCUGGCAAGUCGAAGCGUGUGGGCAUUCGGGCCGGAUGAGCGCGGGGCGAACAUCUUGGUCGACGACACGCUGCCCUCCGAGGUGGACAAGAAGCUGCUGUACGCCGUCAAGGAGAGCAUCGCACAGGGGUUCCAGUGGGGGUGCAGGGAGGGUCCGCUGGCAGAUGAACCGAUCCGCAACGUCAAAUUCCGCAUUCUCGAUGCCGAGCUCGCCGCCGAGCCGAUCCACAGGGGAGGCGGGCAGAUCAUCCCUACCGCGCGACGCGCUUGCUACGCGGCCUUCCUCAUGGCCACUCCGCGCCUCAUGGAGCCGAUCUACGAAGUAGAGGUGCAGACCCCCGCCUCGGGCAUUGCGGCCGUCUACACGAUCCUCGCCAAACGCCGCGGGCACGUGGUCAAGGACACGCCCAAGCCCGGAUCAACGCUGUUCACCGUGCAGGCGUACAUCCCCGUCAUCGACGCCAACGGCUUCGAGACGGAUCUGCGUAUCGCUACGCAGGGCCAAGCAUUUGCGCUCAUGAUGUUCAGCCACUGGAGCAUUGUUCCCGGUGACCCGACGGAUGCAUCGAUCAAGCUGAGACCGCUCGAGCCCGCGCCGCCGCUGGGGUUGGCCAAGGACUUCGUGGUCAAGACGAGGAGACGCAAGGGUUUGCCCGAAAACGUGGCGGUGGCGUCGUACUUGGAUGCCGAGAUGACGGUCGCCUUGGCUCAGACUGGGAUUGAGAUGUAG